GCCGGCGCGCUCAUGGCGCAGCGCGCGCUGUGGCUCCUCGGCCGCGACCCGGGGGCUCCGCUCGGGGGCUCCGUCCGCUUCUCCAGACGGUAUCCAACUGUAGAAAAAAGAGCCAAAGUCUUCAAUGGAGCAAACUAUGUGCCUAUUCCUGAAGAUGGUCUCUUUCUUAAGGCGUUAUUCUUCAAACUUCGACUACUGGAUGAUGACAAGAACUUUGUGGAGAGUCGAGAUAGCUGUACUCGCCUCAAUAAAACAUCUGUCUACGGACUCCCAGUAGGUGGCGAAGAACUCUGGCCAGUGGUUGCUUUCGUGAAGAAUGGCAUGGUGUUUGCUUGUGUCCCACUAGUCGAACAGACAUUAUCCCCUCGCCCACCAUUAAUUAGCCUUAGUGGAAUUUCACAAGGCUUUGAAUUGCUUUUUGGGAUGCAGGAUUUUCUUUACUCUGGUCAGAAAAACGACAUGGAACUCAAUUCAAAAUUGAACCAGUUGCCUGACCUGCUUCUACAGGCUUGCCCAUUUGGUACUUUGUUAGACGCCAACUUGCAAAAUUCAUCGGAUAGUACUAAUUUUGCUUCUGUAACUCAGCCGCCAAAACAGCCAGCCUGGAAAGCUGGAACAUACAAAGGAAAGCCACAAGUCUCCAUUUCUAUCACGGAAAAGGUGACAUCCAUGCAGUAUGACAAACAGGACAUAGCCGAUACAUGGCAAGUCGUCGGAGCUGUCACUUGCAAGUGUGAUUUGGAAGGAGUCAUGCCAAAUGUCACCGUCAGCUUGAAUCUCCCCACCAACGGAUCUCCACUUCAAGAUAUCCUCGUGCAUCCUUGUGUGACUUCUCUUGAUUCUGCCUUUCUGACUUCCAGUAGCAUUGAUGCAAUGGAUGAUUCUGCUUUUAGUGGACCUUACAAGUUUCCAUUUACUCCACCUCUAGAGUCAUUCAACUUAUGCUUCUACACAUCUCAGGUCCCUGUCCCACCAAUUUUGGGUUUUUAUCAAAUGAAAGAGGAAGAAUUACAACUGAAAAUAACAGUUAAUUUAAAACUUCAUGAAAGUGUGAAAAAUAAUUUUGAAUUCUGUGAAGCUCAUAUCCCUUUUUAUAAUAGAGGUCCAAUCACCCAUGUGGAAUAUAAAGUUAGCUUUGGCCAGAUAGAAGUACUUCGGGAGAAAAGCUUAUUGAUUUGGGUUAUUGGACAAAAGUUUCCAAAGUCUUUGGAAAUUAGUCUUUCUGGAACAGUAACUUUUGGAGCCAAGAGUCAGGAGAAACAACCUUUUGACCAAAUUUGCAUUGGAGGUACAGCGUAUUUAAAGCUUCAUUUUAAGAUAUUAGAUUACACACUUACUGGGUGUUAUGCUGAUCAGCAUUCGGUUCAAGUUUAUGCACCAGGAAAACCAAAAAUAAGUACAUACCGGAAAUUAAUUUCUUCUGACUACUACAUCUGGAAUUCUAAAGCAUCUGCUCCUAUAACAUACGGAUCAUUAUUACUGUAAUUGUCUUGUGUGCACGUGGCAUUUAUGCAACAGUCAUGUAAAGUAAAUCUGUCUUUUUCCAUGUGUGUGCUUACUUUGAAUUAAAAAUCAAGGAAAAUUAUUUUCAAAA